AGCCGGUGCGGUCCAAGCCCUGACAGCGCGUUCUUUCCCAGCAGGCAUUCCUCCUCAUAUUGUACACAAUCAUCAUGGCGGCUCAGGAUGGAAGCGAAGGAGCAGAAAUGGAAACCGAAGUCAGCCUAAAGGCAUCAGAAGUGUCAUCUGACGAGGGCAGUAAAGCAGACACAGCAGGGGUCGAACAAGCCGUCCUCAGCGAUGGAGAGAACGCCUCGCUGUCUCAGGUGUCCGCUGUGAGCAACGGAGACGAGAGCGAGGAGGGGAAGGAGAUGGUGGAACUAAAAAUCAUUUGGAACAAGAACAAAUAUGAUCUUAAGAUUCCUUUAGAUGGGACUGGAGCGAAACUGAAAGAAAGAAUUCACACACUUACUGGUCUUCCACCCGCUAUGCAGAAGGUGAUGUAUAAAGGUCUGCUACCAGAAGACAAAACGCUUCGUGAAAUUAAAGUUACGAAUGGUGCGAAAAUUAUGGUGGUCGGCUCUACAAUAAAUGACGUCCUGGCUGUAAAUACGCCGAAGGAAGUAAUUCAGCAAGAAGUCAAAGCGGAGGAAAACAAAAAAGAGCCGCUGUGCAGGCAAAAGCAACAUAGAAAAGUAUUGGACAAAGGAAAACCAGAGGAUAUUAUGCCAUCAGUAAAAGGGGCUAAGGAGCGUUUACCAACAGUGCCUUUAUCUGGAAUGUUUAACAAAUCUGGCGGAAAAGUUCGACUCACUUUUAAACUGGAACAGGAUCAGCUGUGGAUUGGAACAAAGGAAAGGACAGAAAAAAUCCCGAUGGGGUCCAUCAAAAAUGUUGUGACUGAGCCAAUAGAAGGUCAUGAGGACUACCAUAUGAUGGCAUUUCAGCUGGGUCCUACGGAAGCCUCUCAAUACUGGGUUUACUGGGUGCCUGCGCAGUAUGUUGAUGCAAUUAAAGACACAGUCCUUGGAAAGUGGCAGUAUUUUUAACGUGCCUCCUGCAUUGACACUGAAGAAUUGGGAUCUAGAGCAAAACAACAAACUUAACUGGACUCUGCAUAAUUAUUUGAGGAAUUUAUUUGAUUUUUUUUUCAAGCGUAUAAAAACUGAAGGAAUUACAGCAGACGUUUUUUUUUCCUGGGUUUUAAGUGCACUAAAUGGCAUAAUCAAUUUUUUUUCAACCCAUCUCACCUAUUUUUUAAAGCAACCCCAAGGAUAAACAAAGAAUUGUACAGAACUUACAAAUACAUGUGAAAGAAAUAAAAUAUUAUUUAAGGAAAAUGAUUGAUGGGCCAGGAAGAUUUUUAUCUUGUACAGUUUGUUGAUGUACCAUCAUCAUAAAGUUCAAUCAAACCAAAGUCCAGAACAACUCGUUGUACUGAGGGGAAUGCUUUUUUUCGUUGGUCGUUGUUUAAGAAUGGUUCGCCAUGCAAUGGUAUCACAUAAAUAAUUAAAAUUAACUUAAAUAAAUUGGCAUAAGCCACUUUAAAUGUAGUGAAUACUUCGAGAGCUCUGCUGUUGAAGAAUUAAGAAUUAAUAAUAUACAGUACAGUGUAUGUCCUGGAGGUAAAUGAAAAAAUGGAAACAUCAGAGAAGGAAUUAAAAUUUCUUAUCAAUUUACUACAUAAUUAACUUUGCUAUAAAAGGCACUUUUAUUAAAAUAAAAAUAAGACUGAUUUGUAUUGAAAGAACACAAGUCUGUGUUCAGAUUUUAAAGAUGUAAGCAAAAAAAAUAAAAAUAAACCUUUCUCCUUUUACGUAAGUCAAAUUUAACAUUGCAAUCUGCGUUGAGAAAGAAAUGUGUAUGUAUAUAUAUAUAUAUAUAUAUAUAGUUUGUUAAAAGCCAAAUUUAACUAGUUAUUAAUAUAACCUCAAGAUGUUUCCAUUGUUUUAUGAGCGAACCAGUACAUUACCAGCUGUACUAUGUACCGCUCUCUAAGCCACAGUGUUACACGUGUAUCCUUGAAACCUCUGAGCUUUCAUGACAUUAACCUAUGCAUCCUCUGGAUUUUGCUGCCUGGCUAGCAACCUCACAUACAGUAGAAUGGGAUGUACUGUAUGAAAGUAAAGAUUGUUUAUUGCCAUAUUUUCUCAGCUGAAACAGUCAUGCUUUUAAUUCUUUUAAUUGCUUUAUACAUUCAGGUCACACUUGUGCAAUGAAAAAAAAAAACAUUGGUGCUAACCAGUAAUAAGCAUUUUAAUUUACAAUAAAGUAAGCAGCUUUACACAAAUAUCCUCAUUUCAUCACAGUAUUUAAUUGAAACAGACAGUGCUGACUCGGUGACGAUUUCUGUUCUAACACCAUGUGCCACUUUAGGCAAGUUGACAAAUCAGAUGGAUAAAUGCAGCUUGACUAUGACUGAUUAUGUAAAUAAAGACUUAAUCCAA